AUGAAGUCAUCCAUCCUCGCCGCCCUCCUUUCCAUCCACCUUUUCGCAACCCACCUUACCGCUCUAGCAACUCGUGCUGCCACCUUGGACCGAAAAUGCCCCCUUGAGUCUGAUUGCAUGGAAAACAUAUGCACCAACUUCAGUUUCAUAGAGAAGGAAGAAAAAGACCCGCUUUACCUCGUUGCUCAAUGUAAAAACAAGAAAGGCAACUACGUUUACACCAAGCUCGAUCUCAAGAAGUGCAUCGCCAACUGGGACGGCAACCUGGAGUGGACACCGAGAGGCGGUUUCAGGUGCAAUGAAUGCGGCGUCUUCCAGAAGUCUGCAGAUUCAUAUGUCGGCCUGAGGUGCGAGGAGUGCAAGCCACGUAUAUUUUGGCUAGAGGGAUACAAGUCGCCGUCCAUCAAUCUCUCUCAAGGGAUCUGGGUCAGUCGGGACGGCGCUCUCAGCUGUUACGACAUGAACGGCGAGUGGUAUGUGUAA